CCCAGGAGGCGGCACGGGGCGUGAAUUCUCUGGGGCGCAGCCAGGCCUGCGCGGGCCCGAGGCUGGAAGAACUAGGGCUCCUGCGUCGCGAUCUUGAAGGAAAGGCACAUACCUUGAAGGCACUAACACGUCCUACUGUUGUCAACUGAUUCUUAUGGAAAUCUGUUAAUUCUACUUUUUGAGCACUUAUGAAUAACCACGUAUCUUCAAAACCAUCUACCAUGAAGCUAAAACAGACCAUCAACCCCAUUCUUUUGUAUUUCAUACAUUUUAUAAUAUCACUUUAUACUGUUAUAACGUACAUUCCAUAUUAUUUUCUGUUUGAGACAAGACAAGAAAAAUCAAACCGAAUUAAAGCAAAGCCUGUGAAUUCAAAACCUGAGUCUGCAUACAGAUCUGUUAACAGCUUGGAUGGUUUGGCCUCCGUAUUAUACCCUGGAUGUGAUACACUAGAUAAAGUCUUUAUGUAUGCAAAAAACAAAUUUAAGGACAAAAGACUCUUGGGGACACGUGAAAUUUUAAAUGAGGAAGAUGAAGUACAACCAAAUGGAAAAAUUUUUAAAAAGGUUAUUCUCGGACACUAUAAUUGGCUCUCCUAUGAAGAUGUCUUCGUUAGAGCUCUUAAUUUUGGAAAUGGCUUACAGAUGUUGGGUCAGAAACCAAAGACCAACAUCGCCAUCUUCUGUGAAACCAGGGCCGAAUGGAUGAUUGCUGCACAGGCGUGCUUUAUGUAUAAUUUUCAGCUUGUUACAUUGUAUGCUACUCUAGGAGGUCCGGCUAUUGUUCAUGGAUUGAAUGAAACAGAGGUGACCAACAUCAUUACCAGUAAAGAACUCUUGCAAACAAAGUUGAAGGAUAUCGUUUCUUUAGUCCCACGCCUGCGGCACAUCAUCACCGUGGACGGGAAGCCACCGACCUGGUCCGAAUUCCCCAAGGGCGUCAUCGUGCACACCAUGGCCGCGGUGCAGGCCCUCGGAGCCAAGGCGAGCGCAGGUACGGCACACCCCGCCAGGUCCCUCCCGGGGUUCUGCAGCGACCGUGCUCUCCGGAGUCGUUCCAGACCCUGAAGUCAGGUCAGGGACAAACCCGCUUCCUGCACCGUCACUUUGGGAAGUACGGCCACUCUACAUCUACUGUUUUCUGCCCUUUGAAGAAAGGUUUCAGGAAGAACCCACACGUUAAUUUAUUCGUAUUCUAAAAAGUAGUACGUAUUUGAGAUUAGUUGGAAAGACUUUUAUGUUCGACAGGUUUCCCGUUUCUUUCCUCUGAUAGUUUUGAGUGGUUUGAAGUUACUUUCGUAAAUAGUGGCGUCAAACCAGUGCUAUGUGAAUUCUGUGUAAGUAUGAGCAGAUGGCUGGAGUGGCUAAUCCUGGAUUCCCCGCUUUCAUUCCCGGCUCAGACUCUCCCUCUUCCUUCCAGAGGGAAUGUCUUCUCAUCCUCUAGCUGGAACACGUGGGCACGGUGAUGCUGGAGGUUCCCACUCUCAGUGUCACUGAGUGUUAGCGUAUUGGGAUUUGGGAAUAUCACAGAGGCUGCUACGAUGCCGGGACUGGAUUUCCUUUGUAGCUGGAAACAUAGUGCUUAUUUAGAUGUAAGCACUCAGCUGUGGAAUGGGAAUAGGGCUGUGCUGACAUUAGUGUUGGGCAUAUGGAAUUUUCAGUGCUAGUGGGACAGUCAGUGUAGCACUUUUUUUAAAUCUUUAUUUUUGAGAGAGAGAGAGACAGAGUGGGAGCAGGGAGGGGGCAGAGAGAGGGAGAGACACAGAAUCCGAAGCAGGCUCCAGGCUCUGAGCUGUCAGCACAGAGCCCAUCGCGAGGCUUGAACUCACAGACCACGAGAUCAUGACCUGGGCCGAAGUCGGAUGCUUAACCUACUGAGCCACCCGGGCGCCCCUCAGUGUCGAUCUUUAGUGGGGGUAUGGCAUAUACUCUGGAGCUAAGUUUGGAGUUAAGAGAUUCAGAGGCCAGAAGCACUUAGGUUUUAAUUGUAGCUGUGGAAGUAGGUGAGGUCACCCACAGAGAAUGGUGCCUCUGAAAGCAGCGGAGCGUUGGUCAGAGAAGAGGGAAGAAACCAUGCUGUGUGGUUCCUGGAAUCCAAGCGAAAGGAGCCCAUCAGUGAGGCAGGAGUCGUCAGCGGGAGUCAGGUGACACGGGGGCUGCAGGAGGGCCGCCUCAUAGCAGUUCGUAGGACGCGGUGGUGGUGGAGGACGGUGCCUGGGAUGAAGGGCUGAGUGGCAGGCUAGGAAGGUGGGACUGGAACGAAGACCGUUGUCAUGAGAUCUGCCUGCGCAUGUUGGAGAGGAAGGGUUCACUGGGGAACACGUUUAAAAUCGCUUCCCCCCCACUUACUGAAGAGGUCCACCUGGGCUUCCAGGAUUAACCCAGGCAGUGCCAUCCGUGACCCCGCUUCUCGUUGUCUUUCUGCUGUCUGCUGGACGUUGGCUGCUGUCCUUAGCUUGUGCCCGAGGAGGACACGGUCUCUUAAUCCAGGACUCGGACUGUAGCCAAGUCAGCUUGGCUUCACCAUGUGAGGCCGAGAACAUUGUUUAGCAACCACCCUUAUUUCUUAGUUGAAUUGCUGGAAUAGCCUUUUGUGUCCCUACUGCCCUUCGUCCCUUUCUCAAGUUGGGUCGCCGCGUAGCAGCCACAGGUGAUGAGGAACUGCUGUUUGAAACAGCAUUGUUUU